CAGAGGAGACCCACCACUGUCCACAGCCACCGCUGCAGGUGGAGCCGGCACCCGGGGAGGCGGCGGGUGGCCGAGUCCCAGACCAUGCUGGCCCCCUGCCCUGCCGACACUGAGGCUCCCUGGCACCUCAGGGACCAGACACACCUCCGGCAGAGCGGAGCCAGGGGCUGGGGCUUUCCCUUUUUAGCUCCCCAGCUCCCCAGUGCCAGCCACACUGCAGGACAGCGGCCGGCAGCCCCUCCGCAGCGAUGGAGCGGGCUCCAAACCUGCUUCUCCUCUGCAUCUUUACCUUUGCCAUGGUGGUGGUCCCUGAAGCAAAGGACCAAAGCAAGGCAGCAAAAGGCAGGAGAAGGGGCCUGGUGCGGGCCCCCACAGCCACCCCUGCCCUCACCUGGGCCCCGGAUGACCCCUAUACCAGCAUGGCAGACUACGAGCGCAGCAUCCAGGACAUGGUGCGCCAGCUGAAGAACAGCUCUGAGCCCAGGGACACCAAGUGCCAGGUCAACCUGAGGCUCUGGAGGUCCAACCGGAGGAGCCUGUCCCCCUGGGCCUACAGCAUAAACCACGACGCAGCGCGGAUCCCAGCAGAGCUCCCCGAGGCCCGCUGCCUCUGCACUGGCUGCAUCAACCCCUUCACCAUGCAGGAGGACCGCACCAUGGCCAGCGUCCCCAUCUACAGCCGGCUGCCCGUGCGCCGCCUGCUCUGCCAGCUGCCAGCCGAGGUGGGGCACAAGCACUUCGGGAAGAAGUGUCACAAGAAGUAUCAGAUGGUCAUGGAAACCAUUGCUGUGGGCUGCACCUGCAUCUUCUGAGGUCGCAAAGCUAACCCCUUCGGCUACCCGUGGGCAUCUAAUCAGCUUGCUCUCGCUUCCUGAGUUUGCCUGCUCUGGGAGAGGGUCACCCAACUAAGCGCCAGGGUGAGGAGAGCUCCUGUUCGAGGCAGUGGCAGCUCCAAGCUCCCCAAAAUUCCCUGCCAUACUCCAUCAGU